UGUGAACAGCGAUAGUAGAGGAGGCAGGUCUCUCGCAAUCUCCAGUGUUCUGUGUCUCCGCUUUCGGUUCAGAUUCAGAACCUUCAAAGCAGUACUGGUUACUUGAAGGAUGAAACGAUAGUAUACUGAAGCUGCACCCUCAUUCGGUUACUGUAUGUCUUUGUGCAGAGUCUGAUUUGGGCUUUUAAAAAGAGACAUUUACGUAUUAUUUUUUUCAGUUAUCCACUCGGUUGGAAAGUGUAAAUGUGUAAAUGGCUGGAGCACAGCCUGGGGUUCAUGCGCUGCAGCUCAAACCUGUACGUGUUUCUGAAAGCCUGAAGAAAGGCAACAAAUUUAUGAAAUGGGAUGAUGACUCCACUGUCGCAACUGCCGUUACUCUUAAAGUGGACCCAAAUGGAUUCUUCCUGUACUGGACCGAUCAGAACAAGGAAACCGACAUUUUGGAUAUCGUCAAUAUCAAGGAUGCAAGAAAUGGGAAAUCUGUGAAAACGCCAAAGGAUGCAAAGCUCAGAGAAUUGCUGGAAGUGAAUCUGGGGGGGCGGCUGGAAAACAAAAUGCUCACUGUGGUCUACGGCCCUGACUUGGUUAAUAUCGCCUACCUAAACUUCAUGGCAUUUCAGGAGGACGUUGCAAAGGAGUGGGCAGAUGAGCUAUUCAUUCUGGCAACAAACCUGUUGGCACAGAACAUGUUUAGAGAAGCCUCACUAGAAAAAGUAUACACAAAACUUAAAUUGCAGCUUAAUCCAGAAGGACGAAUUCCAUUAAAAAAUAUCUUUCGGAUGUUUUCAGCAGACAGAAAGAGAGUUGAAACAGCAUUAGAGUCCUGUGGCCUUCCUUCUGGCAGGAAUGAUUCCAUUCCUCAAGAAGAUUUCACACCUGAAGUAUAUCGUGUAUUUCUAAACAAUAUAUGCCCUCGGACAGAAAUUGACAACAUUUUUUCUGAAAUUGGAGCCAAGAGCAAGCCUUACCUUUCAAUUGAUCAGAUGACAGAAUUCAUAAACACAAAACAACGGGACCCACGUCUGAAUGAAAUACUCUACCCACCCCUCAAGCAGGAACAAGUUCAUCAGCUCAUAGAGAAAUAUGAACCAAAUAUCAACUUUACAAAAAAAGGGCAGAUAUCACAAGAAGGAUUCAUGCGGUAUUUGAGUGGAGAAGAAAAUGGAGUUAUCCCUCCUGAGAAACUGGACCAGAGUGAAGACAUGACACUGCCUUUAUCUCACUACUUUAUCAACUCCUCUCACAACACCUACCUCUCAGCUGGGCAGCUGGCUGGUAACUCCUCAGUGGAGAUGUAUCGACAAGUGCUGUUGUCAGGCUGUCGCUGUGUGGAGCUGGAUUGCUGGAAAGGACGGACUGCGGAAGAGGAGCCAGUCAUUACUCAUGGAUUCACCAUGACAAGUGAAAUAUCUUUUAAGGAAGUAAUUGAGGCAAUUUCUGAGUGUGCAUUCAAGACUUCCCCAUAUCCAGUUAUCCUGUCUUUUGAAAACCAUGUGGAUUCACCCAAGCAACAAGCCAAGAUGGCAGAGUACUGCAGAGCGAUAUUUGGUGACGCAUUGCUCACAGAGCCAUUGGAAAAAUAUCCUCUUGAAGCCGGCAUCCCCUUACCAAGCCCCCAUGAACUGAUUGGUAAAAUUCUUAUCAAAAACAAAAAGAAAUCACAUAAAUCCUCUGACGGGAGUACUAAAAAGAAGCUAUCAGAACAAGCCUCAAACACCUGCAGUGACACAUCGAGUGUAUGCGAGCCAUCAUCUCCGAGUGCAGGUUCCACGAACCCUGAAAUCCCUGAUGUACAGCAGUCAGUACAAGAUGGAAAUGAUCCCAAACUUCAGGGGAGAAAAUCUAUAGGGGAGGUAGAACCAGAAAGUGAAGAGGAUGAUGAUGACGAUGAGGACUGUAAGAAAUCCUCCAUGGAUGAAGGAACAGCUGGGAGUGAAGCCUUUGCCACUGAAGAAAUGUCUAAUCUUGUUAACUACAUACAGCCAGUAAAGUUUGAGUGCUUUGAGACAUCUAAAAAAGUUAACAAAAGUUUUGCAAUGUCAUCAUUUGUGGAAACAAAAGGUCUAGAGCAGCUUACAAAAUCACCUGUGGAAUUUGUCGAGUAUAACAAAUUACAGCUGAGCCGCAUCUAUCCUAAGGGAACCAGAGUUGAUUCCUCGAACUACAUGCCCCAAGUUUUCUGGAAUGCCGGUUGUCAAUUGGUAGCUCUUAACUUCCAGACAUUAGACCUAUCUAUGCAGUUAAAUUUGGGGAUGUAUGAAUACAAUGGGAAGUGUGGAUAUCGACUGAAACCAGAGUUUAUGAGACGGCCAGAUAAGCACUUUGACCCCUUCACAGAGUCAACUGUGGAUGGAAUAGUAGCAAAUACUCUUUCAGUUAAGAUCAUUUCUGGCCAGUUUUUGUCAGAUAAAAAAGUUGGCACUUAUGUUGAAAUAGAUAUGUAUGGAUUACCUGUCGAUACGAGACGGAAAGCUUUUAGAACAAAGACUUCCCAAGGAAAUGCUAUUAACCCAGUCUGGGAAGAAGAACCCAUAGUUUUUAAGAAGGUUGUUUUGCCUACCUUGGCAUCCCUAAGGAUAGCAGUCUUUGAAGAAGGUGGUAAAUUUAUAGGCCAUCGGAUAAUACCAGUUUCAGCUAUUCGACCAGGUUACCACUACAUCAGCCUUAGGAAUGAAAAGAAUCAGCCUCUGGUGCUGCCAACUGUUUUUGUGUAUAUAGAAGUUAAAGAUUAUGUUCCAGACACCUUUGCAGAUGUGAUUGAAGCAUUGUCUAACCCCAUAAGAUAUGUAAACCUAAUGGAACAAAGAGCCAAACAACUGGCUGCAUUGACACUGGAGGAUGAAGAAGAAGUAAAGAAAGAAAUCGAACCUGGAGAUAUGUCUUCAGAGUCCAUUAGUGCUCCCAAGCCCGCACCAGCAGAAAAUGGCGUUAAUCACGAACCCUGCAUAGCACCUAAACCUCCGUCUCAGAUCGUCCACCCCCCGCCACCCACUGGCUCAGUGAAAUCUACAAUAAAAACAGAAGAUGUCAUUCAGAGUGUCUUGUCUGAGGCAGAAGCACAGACUAUUGAAGAGCUGAAGCAACAAAAGGCAUUUGUAAGAGAGCAGAGAAAGCACUACAAAGAAAUGAAGGAGCUGGUAAAGAAACACCACAAGAAAACAACAGAUUUGAUUAAGGAGCACACUGCCAAGUACAAUGAGUAUCAGAGCGAGUAUUUACGGAGAAGGGCUGUGCUGCAAAAAUGUGCUAAAAGAGACGGUAAGAAAAGGGGUACGUCAUCCAGUCCUGAACACAAUUCUACAUCUAUCGAGCAAGAUCUAUCUGCCCUGGAUCUAGAAAUUACCCACAAAUUAUCAGAGCUGAAAGAACAGCAGCAGCAGCAGCUGCUGAACCUCAGACAAGAACAGUAUUAUAGUGAGAAAUACCAGAAAAAAGAACAUGUUAAACAGCUUGUUGAGAAACUGACCACAGUGGCAGAGGAGAGUCAAAACAACCAGUUAAAGAAAAUAAAAGAACUCUGUGAAAAAGAAAAGAAAGACUUAAAGAAGAAAAUGGACAAGAAGAGGCAAGAGAAGAUCAAUGAAGCCAAAUCUAAAGAUAAGAAUCUAACAGAAGAGGAAAAACUUGAAAUCAACAGAUCCUACGUCAAUGAAGUGGUGCAAUAUAUUAAACGGUUAGAGGAGGCUCAGAGCAAAAGGCAAGAAAAACUCCUUGAAAAACAUAAGGAUGUUCGUCAGCAAAUAUUUUUUCUGCAGAAUGAGCUUGAUCAGGAGUACCAAGAUAAGUUUAAGAGACUUCCUGUGGAAAUCCAGGAGUUUGUACAAGAAGCUAUGAAAGGAAAAUUCACUGAAGAAGGAGCCCACAAAACUUCCCCUUCCUCCUUGGUGUCAGAAAGUGGAAAAUGUAACCACAAGCCUCUACAGUCCGAGGAUGAUUUGGAUGAUGACGAUGCAGAGAAAGUGUUUGAUACUCCACUUUAG